ACCAAGAGUCGUCGACUCGUCGGUUCAUGAAUCCUGGGCGUACCCCCAAAGGUCCCAACUUCUAAGUUCUAACCACCACCCACUACAAAAUGAUCUCAGCCCCCUCUUACCUUCCUCCGCCUCUCACCACCAUCACCGUCGCCACCACUAGUAGUCUUUUUCUUGAACGGUUGAACCACUACCACCAUGUCAUCAUCACUUUCUGUUAGAUUUCUGGCACCUUCGCUAAGCAAUUCAAGAAAUUCCAAAACAAUAGUACUGUCUGCCACUGCUCCUCGGGCGGUGGUGCCACCGCGGGCGGAGGCGGGAUUCGACGACUCCCGGCUGGAGCCGAGGGUGGAGGAGAGAGAUGGGUAUUGGGUGUUGAAGGAGAAGUUCAGGGGAGGGAUAAAUCCUUCGGAAAAGCUGAAGAUUGAGAAAGAGCCAAUGAAGCUGUUCAUGGAGAAGGGUGUUGAAGAACUUGCUAAUAUGUCACUCGAAGAGAUUGAGAAGUCUAAGCUCACAAAGGAUGAUAUUGAUACGCGGCUCAAGUGGCUUGGCUUGUUCCAUAGGAGGAAGCAUCAAUAUGGUAGGUUUAUGAUGAGACUGAAGCUACCAAAUGGCGUAACGACAAGCGCGCAGACACGGUACCUAGCCAGUGUAAUAAGGCAGUACGGAAAGGAAGGAUGCGCAGACGUGACUACGAGGCAAAACUGGCAAAUUCGUGGCGUGGUGUUGCCUGAUGUACCAGAAAUAUUGAAGGGUCUUGCCGAAGUUGGCUUGACUAGCUUGCAGAGUGGGAUGGACAAUGUCAGGAACCCCGUUGGGAAUUCUUUGGCAGGGAUUGAUCCCCACGAGAUUGUCGAUACACGGCCUUACGCAGAUUUGUUGUCUCAAUUCAUCACCGCCAAUUCGCUCGGCAAUCCGGCCAUAACCAACUUGCCAAGGAAGUGGAAUGUGUGCGUAGUUGGAUCUCAUGAUCUAUAUGAGCAUCCUCACAUCAAUGAUCUUGCUUACAUGCCUGCCACGAACAAUGGACGGUUCGGAUUCAACCUUCUAGUUGGCGGGUUUUUUAGCCCCAAAAGAUGUGCAGAGGCAGUUCCUCUCGACGCCUGGGUCCCAGCCGAUGACCUGAUCCCGGUGUGCAAAGCCGUGUUGGAAGCUUACAGAGACCUCGGCGCCAGAGGAAACCGGCAGAAGACUAGGAUGAUGUGGUUGAUUGAUGAACUUGGAAUUGAAGGAUUCAGGUCAGAGGUAGUGAAGAGAAUGCCUCAACAAGAACUAGAAAGAGCAUCUUCCCAAGACUUGGUUCAAAAGCAAUGGGAGAGGAGAGAUUACCUUGGUGUCCACCCACAGAAACAGGAGGGCUACAGCUUUGUGGGCCUCCACGUGCCCGUGGGCCGGGUUCAAGCCGACGACAUGGACGAGCUGGCCCGCUUAGCCGACAAAUACGGCUCAGGCGAGCUCCGGCUCACAGUAGAGCAAAACAUUAUAAUCCCAAAUGUUGAGGAUUCAAAUAUUGAAUCCUUGCUAAGAGAGCCUCUUUUGAAGGAAAAAUUUCAACCGGCCCCGCCUGUUCUAAUGAAAGGACUCGUGGCAUGCACGGGCAACCAGUUCUGCGGGCAAGCCAUAAUCGAGACGAAGGCUCGGGCGGUUAAGGUGACCGAGGAGGUGGGGAGGCGCGUGUCCGUGACUAGGGCAGUGAGGAUGCACUGGACGGGCUGCCCGAAUAGUUGCGGGCAGGUCCAGGUGGCCGAUAUCGGGUUCAUGGGGUGCAUGACUAGGGAUAGAAAUGGAAAGAUUGUUGAAGGUGUUGAUGUUUUCUUGGGAGGGAGAAUUGGGAGUGACUCACAUUUGGGAGAUGUUUACAAGAAGGGUGUCCCUUGUGAUGAUGAAUUGGUGAAUGUGGUUGUGGACAUUUUGGUCAAUUACUUUGGAGCUGUAACUAGGGAGAGGGAAGAAUUAUUAUAGGACAAACGUUUUGCUUUGGUUCAAA